UGGGGCUUGUUCGCGUGAUUUAUCCAUAAUUUUUUUUCCAGACGUACUGUGUAACAUUUUGUGUCUGACUGCAGAUUUGUCUAUGUGUUACUGCAAGCUCUUUUUUUUUAGAAAAGGAGGGAGAUCCCUUGGCGUGAUUCAUUUCUUUUUGGUCAGUAAGAUGAGUUGCAGCUUUGAUUGUUUGUCGGUUGCCAGCAGUUCUGCAAUGCGGUGGGUGUGGUGUGGAGUCAAUGGCAGUUUGUAGCCCGCUGCAGUGACACUACACUCCGGGCCGCAUCGUCAACGAGUCAGGCUCUCGCCACCACCUCGCACUUCAUUUCCCGUAGCAGGCUGAGGAAGGCUGACUCUCACCUCUCACUUCCUCUCGCUGGGUUAAUUUGCAACCAUGACCACGGAACCGGGCUCAGACUCCGAAUCAAAGCAAGAACAAGACCAAAAGGAAGUGUCUGAAAAGAAAGAGGCGACAGCUGAACAACAGCAGGUUGUAGAGCGUCAACAGGAAGACGGAAUUGUCGGGCCCCCUACAGGAAUUGGCAAUUCUGAGACCAAGGAGCAGAUUGGUGAACGGGAGAAGGAGGCAGACGGAGCUUCUGGUAAACUUACUGUGGGUCAACAGGACGACCAGCAAGUUGAAGACGACAAACUCUCCCAGAAAUCAUCUUCCAGCAAGUUAUCGAAAUCACCUCUCAAAGUUGUAAAAAAGCCAAAGAACAUGCUGUGCAAAGUAACCCUCCUGGAUGGCUCGGAACAUACAUGUGAGGUCGAGAAACGUGCAAAGGGACAGGUGCUCUUUGACAAAGUCUGUGGACAGCUCAACCUUCUGGAGAAAGAUUACUUUGGUUUGACAUUUCGGGACUCUGAAAAUCAAAAGAAUUGGCUGGACCCAGCCAAGGAAAUUAAGAAGCAAAUCCGAAGUGGAUUGUGGCAGUUUGCAUUCAAUGUGAAAUUUUACCCUCCGGAUCCUGCCCAGCUCUCGGAGGACAUUACCAGGUAUUACCUGUGUCUGCAGCUGCGCGAUGAUAUUGUUUCUGGAAGAUUGCCGUGUUCUUUUGCCACACAUGUACUGCUUGGCUCCUACACUGUUCAGGCAGAACUGGGGGAUUAUGACCCAGAUGAGUAUGGCACUGAUUACAUCAGUGAGUUUCGUUUUGCUCCAAAUGAAACUAAGGAACUGGAAGAAAAAGUGAUAGAACUGCACAAAAGCCACAAGGGUAUGACACCGGCUGAAGCAGAGAUGCAUUUCUUGGAGAAUGCCAAAAAACUGUCCAUGUAUGGAGUUGAUCUGCAUCAUGCCAAGGAUUCUGAAGGAGUUGAUAUCAUGCUUGGUGUGUGUGCCAGCGGCUUGCUAAUCUACAGAGACAGGCUAAGGAUAAACAGAUUUGCCUGGCCCAAGGUUCUCAAGAUCUCGUAUAAAAGGAAUAACUUCUACAUCAAAAUCCGACCCAGUGAAGUAAGUUCAAAUCAUGAGCAAUUUGAGAGCACCAUUGGAUUUAAACUUCCCAACCACAAAGCCGCAAAAAGGUUGUGGAAAGUUUGCAUUGAACAUCACACAUUCUUUCGGCUGGUAUCUCCUGAACCACCUCCUAAAAAGUUCCUUACACUGGGUUCAAAGUUCCGCUACAGUGGACGGACACAAGCCCAGACUCGGAGAGCUAGCUCCCUCAUAGACCGCCCAGCACCAUACUUUGAGCGUUCUUCCAGCAAACGUUACACCAUGUCACGUAGCUUAGAUGGAGCAUCUGUCACUGAGAAUCAUGAGAUGCUCAUAAAGGACUCCGUUUCAGCUUCUGAAGUGGCGACUGCUCAUUACGGUGCAGCGAAGAGCCUCGUAUCAACCAAUUUAAUAACCACAGUGACACCGGAGAAGAAAGCAGAAGAGGAGAAAGCAGAAGAGGAGGAGAAAAAGGCAAAGAUUGACAUUACUCCAUCCGUCACACCGGCCAAGCAUGAAAUAAAGACCUCAUUCUUUGGCACAGAUUCAUUCUGCUCUUCCUCUCGCUCUCUGCCUUUGCACUGUGACUCUCCUGUGUCAUCAACAAGUGUUCAUAGGAGAUGUACAGAGAAUGUUUCAAAAUCAGCUGGUCGCAUUAAGACCAAAGACCCCAGAAGUGCUUCUAAUCCACUAUUAGCCUUUGAUUCUUCAAAGUAUGUUGAUAAGAAAGCAAUGGAAUUUAAAAAGGACCAAGAUCUAGGGCCUAGAUCUGGGAAAGGAGGAACUUUGUUUUCGUUCUCCUUGCAUCUCCCAGCAUCAUUCUCUUUGCUAGAUGAUGAUGGCUACCUUACCUUUCCAAGCUUCUCUGAUGCCAGUUUCUUACCUCAAAGUUUCCAACGUUAUCUGCCCAUUCAAUCACCAUCACUUGUCCCAUGUUUUCUUUUCAUUUUCUUCUUUCUGCUCUCAGCCUCCUUCUCUGUACCUUACGCUCUCACUCUCUCCUUCCCCCUUGCUAUAAGUCUGUGCUACCUGGAGCCCAGGGCAGCCUCCUUGAGCGCUUCAGUUGACAAUGACCUGAGUGACAGUUCAGAGGAAGAGACUGAUAGUGAGCAGACUGACGCUACGGCUCCUGUUGAUGGGGAAACCACCGCAGAGUCUGAUCAAGAGGAUGAAACGGAAUCAAAGACCCAGGAUUUUGACAAAACUCAGGAAGAUGUGGUUAAGCACCAUGCCAACAUAAAUGAAAUGAAGCGAACAUUCCUGGAAUCCACAUCUGAGAGUGGACCUGACGAAUGGGAGAAAAGGUUAUCUGCCUCUCCGGUUCGAUCUUUCUCAAAGAAUGGGGAUUUACCUAUGAUUGAGCCACUUAUACCUGAGGAGCAGACCAAAGAGGAUUCUGGUGAAACCCUGCAAAGGAAGUCUGUUUGUGAACAAGGUGUUGCUGGGCCUGACGUUUCUGCGACAAAAGAUGAUGAAAUAUUAGUAAAGGCUGGAGAAGAGAAAGUAGUGGAGGACAAGGAAUCAACUAUUGGUCAUAGCACUCUGGUGACUCAUGAAGUUGUGAUCAACGAGAAAGUCUCAUCUCCUCCAGAGCAGAAAGUUAUGCUGUCCACAUUGGAAAGAACUGACAUUUCAAAGAAAGGGGAAAGAAAAAGAGGUGAUGAUGAAGGUAGACUGAAAAUUAAAGACACUGCAAGACAGAAGGGAUUUGAAAGCUCUUCUAUGGAGCCAUCAGUGCAGAAAUAUGAGACCUCAAUGACCAAAUGGAAGACUGAUGAAGAGCCAACGUUUACCAUUGCUACAGCCCACUAUUUUACUGAGUCAACGGGAUCAAGAUUAUUGACAAAGCAGUCUGGUUCGGAAGUAGCCUCAAAAAAUGUUGACGUCUCCAAUCUAAUAGAUUCAGCUCAAAAACAAAUGGAUGCAAAGGAAUGGGCUUCUUCUUCAUCAUACAGCUGGGCUCAGAAAUCCGAAAUGAAUUGGGAAGUAAGUUCCAAAGUGGUGCAAAUGGAAACGCACGAACAGGAGAAGACGGUGAAGGAAAUGCAGGAAGCAAUGGUGAUGGAAGAAAAGCAUGUGAUGAAUGUGCAUGCAAGCAAGGAUGCUUCUGCUGUAUGUGCUAAGCUGGCAGCAGUUGAGUGGGAUACUAUAGCCGAGUUGGGCAAAGCUCACACAUCUGGUGAUGUAGGGGGUCUGAGUUGCCUGGUGACCGUGGAAACCAAAGAGGACAAGAGGGAGAUGGCAAGUCCCAAAGUGGAUAAAGCGAUAGCUGAAGUUGCAGAAGGACCUGCUUCUGCUCAAGGGUGGGAGGAACAGGCUGAAAUGACAGGCAAGCCUUCAGAUAAAUCUGAAGAGAAACCUCAGUUUGAGCCACCUGUUGUGAAAACAGAAACUGUCAGCUUUGGCAGUAUGAGUCAGGACGAUGGGAAGGAGAUUUGCACGAAGGAUGUUCCUGUAGUUCAUACCGAGACUAAAACAAUCACCUAUGAAUCAUCCAAGUUGGACUCGACAGCUGACAGUGACCCAGGAGUUCUAAUGAGUGCUCAAACGAUCACCUCAGAGACUUCAAGCACUACAACCACUACACAUAUCACUAAGACUGUGAAAGGAGGAGUUUCAGAAACACGUAUUGAAAAACGAAUUGUUAUCACAGGAGACGCUGACAUUGACCACGAUCAGGCCCUGGCUCAGGCAAUUAAAGAGGUCAAAGAGCAGUACCCUGAUAUGUCUGUGAUCAAAGUAGUGGUACACAAAGAGACAGAGAUCACACCAGAAGACGGAGAUGAUUGACCACAGGAGUAACCACAUCUUCAUGAAAGAAGUAAUGCAUACACAUCAUUAGGAAUGAUUUUGGAGUCUAAAUGGAGUCAUACACGUGACUUCAUUUGUUCUGAAUCCAUCCACUAAUGACCUUUCACACCAAGCAUACUGGAGCACGUUGUAUGAGGACCCCUUUCACUAAUAAAAACAUUGGCAAAAAACCUCAUUCCAGCAUAUCGAAACAGUUCAUGAAUAUUGCAUGAUUAGAAUAAACCUUUGUCACAACAGGAAUAAUGAGAAAAGCAUUUUCCAAAUCCACAUAGUAAGGUGUCAACAUCUCUUAAGUUAUCAUUUUAUUAGCAAGUUUAAACAGCAAAGAAUAUUUUAGAGCAUUAAUGUUUAAAAGGAAGCUGGGUUGGGGGCAUGGGUGGAAUCCUUUCUUUGCCAGUUUAAAAAGUCUAUAGCUGAUAUUUAAGAUAAUAAGUCAGCAGUAAUUCAUUUUAAUUGUACCUGGUUUCAUUUAUACCAAGUAAUUUUCACCAUAAAUCUGGUUAAUUGUAUUGAAGGAUUGUGUCAUACCUUACAGUAGAUGUGCCAACGGCAGUGUAAGUCCAUAUCUAUUAUCAUACUAAGCAACUUGAAGCUUAUAACUGGAAACCUUGAUAUACAAUGGUAAUGCCUGUGAAAACAUGAAUAACCUUACACAGAUUAGAACAAGUUGUUUUGCUGCAUCUUGUGCUUUGUUGGCAUAAUUUAAUGUCACUUAACAGAUUUUUUUAAAGAAAUAUUAUAUAUAUAUAUAUAUAUAUAUAACUAUAUAUUUUACUUGAACAAUUCGGUUUUGUUAGAUGAGCACAUAUUUUAAGUUAGAACCAAAAGACCAGGUAGAUUAAUCCAUCAAUAGUUGUCAAUGUUUACUUCCCUUAGAAAAAGAGAUGUCAGUAUUCCCUUUUAAACUGAGUGUCUGUUUUGGUCGGUUCGUGUUGCAAGUGAAAGUGUCUGCUCUGGAAGAAAUUUCUUUUGUUUACUACCUGUGACCUUCCGUUCUCAUCAUUGAGUAUAAAAGUAUUGAUUCUUUUUAAACACUCUGCGUAGACUCCAGAUUCUGAGCAAAGCCUUAAAUGAAACAGAAAAUAAUUGCAAAUCCCAUUGGAAGCUUUCAAAUCAUCAUGCAUUUAUAAUUUACAGAAGACCACACCGCUAACUAUAGGGUACAAUUUUUUUUGCUGCAUUGUAAUAAAUGUUGAAUGUAUGUUUCUUCAUGGUGAAAUAAAAGUGGUAAAGGCA